UCUCGUUUCCCCCACCGGCACUACGCCUGCGCAAGCGGGGCCUCCCGGCCGUACCGGGCCUGCGCAGCGAGCGGGCGGUGGGAUGCGAUGCGGCUGAAUCAGGCGGUGGAGCUGCAGGGGCGACUGGUGGCGCUGGUCCCGUACACGGCACGGCACGUCCUCAGGUACCACCAAUGGAUGAAAUCAGAGGAGUUACAGAAGCUGACAGCCUCUGAGCCACUUACCUUGGAGCAGGAAUACCAAAUGCAGAGAAACUGGCAGGAUGAUGCUGACAAGUGUACCUUCAUAGUAUUGGAUAAGCUGAAAUGGGUGGGUGGUUUGUGCACAGAAGAGGACUGCAUGGUGGGAGAUGUGAAUCUGUUUCUCACAGAUCCUGAAGACCCCACAACCGCUGAGAUUGAAAUCAUGAUCGCAGAGCCCAGUUAUAGAGGAAAGGGGUUUGGUAAGGAAGCAACGAUGGUGAUGAUGUAUUAUGGAGUCACUAAACUGGGGAUAAAAAAAUUCCAAGCUAAAAUCAACCUGGAAAAUACAAUCAGCAUCGCCAUGUUUCAAAGCUUUCACUUUGAAGAGGUUUCUGUCAGUGAUGUCUUUCAAGAAGUAACACUCGGUUUAACUGUGGACAACUGCAGGAAAAAGUGGCUCCUUGAACAAAUGAGUCACGUCGAGGAGAAGCAGUAUAGGUAACAACUGGAGGAGCCAUUGGGAGAUUCAGCAGCCCACUGACUGAGAGGAAUCUUACAGCAUGGAAUGACUAUCUAAAAAAGUCUAUUCUUGCUGUUCAAAGCAUAUAAUGUUGAAACGUGGCUGGGUUAAAUGCCGUUGUUCCAGCAUCAUAAAAUCAAUGAAACCUGUUAUUCACUGCUGAAUCACAGGUACUCUCCAUGUUAAAUGGAAUACAAAAAGGACUUUUGUGCAGUUCCCCUGCCUUGGUUUUGUGAAUAAUGGUUAGCCACAUUAUGCUACACAGAUCAGGGAGAUUGGAGCUUUGAUCAGGGGCAAUGUAGAGUGUUACAUUGAACCAAUGUUCACCCUCUGGUUCACUCUCCAUUGGAACUGUAUUACAAUGUACACAGCUCAAUCGAAAAGAUGAAUGGCCUGUUACAUGGUUCUGGAAAGCCCUUGGCAUCUGAGGCUGUAAACGUGUAUUCAUCCAUAUGGUGGUGAGUGCAGGAAAGUACAGUGUUUUUAUUUCUAUACUAAGAUUCACAGCUAUAUGACACGGUGUUCCACCCAUUUUAUUUACACAGAUAGCUGGGAGGACACUGCCCAGUAAAUCUGUUUCUGUGAGAACUGAAGUACAAUGUGGGAGAGUUUGAAGCAGAGGGCAGUUUUUUUUCAGGAGCCAUUUCAAAUUUAAUCACAAUAAAUUUAUCACUUUUAAACUUAA